AUGGCUAAAUUGUUCCUGCUGGUUGUGGGUGUUGCAGCUUUGCUGGCGGCAGCACAUGGCGCCACAGGCGUCCGCACACAGCAGCUGCAGCGUCUGAUUGCCGAGGAGCAAACCAAAUGCGCCAGCGGUCAAGACUCCAUGGCGUGCAUUAAAGAGCGUGCCAUGCGGUUUGUGGACAAUGUGAUGAGCCAAGAUAGCUACAAGCUUUCCGACCUGGAAGUGCGUGCCAAUGGUCAGCAGUCGAGUGCGGUUAGCGAGGCACGCGCCAACAGCGCCGAUGGCUUCUUGGAUGCCGUUGAGAACUAUAUCCGCGGACAUGAUGUGAGCAUGCAGUUGCCUGUGGCCGAUGCCAAGAUCACCGUCUCGGCACGCAAUCUGGCCAACGACGAGCUGAGCUUGAACUUGCAGCUGAACGCAGACAGCGAUGACAGCGAUAUCGAAGCCAGGGGUAAGAAGGGCAACAUCUUCAAGAAGGGCAAGAAGCAUCGCCUACGCAAGCUGGCCAUGCCCAUUAUGGUGCUCAUUCUGUUGAAGGCCAUUACCGUUAUUCCCAUGGCCAUUGGCAUUCUGAAGAUCAAGGCAUUCAAUGCGCUCGGCCUGGGCUUCUUCUCCUUCCUAGUCUCGGUUGGUUUGGCCAUUUUCCAAUUGUGCAAAAAGCUUGCCCAUGACCAUCAUCAUACUGCACACAUCACCGCCCACGGACCUUGGGAUGGACGCAGCAUUGGCGCUGUGCCCGCGCCCGUUAUGGAGCAGCCCCAGCAAAUGGCGCAUGACUUGGCCUAUCAGGCCUAUGCCUAA